AUGCCCACCAAAAGCUCUCGCGUGCCCGGACAUGCAGCGACCAUCGACGCCCCCGGCCUCCACGGCUUCCAGGGCUUAGCCAGCAUGAUCUAUCACGACGACGGCAUAACGAUCCUCGCACCAGGCUGGGAGUUCGAAAAGCAGACCGAAUAUCUCAUGAAGAUCUUCUUCGCGAUGAUGAGGCAUUUCGUCAACACGUCAACUGAGGAGCUCGAGGCGGGCGCUCAGAUGGAUGAGUGCAAGUCGAUGAACUAUCUGGGCGCACGGCUGUACACGGGCGCGAGAGUGAAGAAGAACCGGUCCAGAGCUCUGAAGUUGUGGACCAAGGUAUCGCAGAUCGAUCUCCCGCGCGGCGCGAGCAUCACGUCCAGCGACUAUACAGCCCGCAGCCGCGCCCGCGUCAAAGCGGACGCUUACGCCUACCUCUGCGCGCACCACCUGCGCAACUACGAGAAGAGUAAAGCUUUACUCGACCUCGCGCAGGCCUUCCUCUGCGGCGAAGGUGCAGCGAAGUUGGGCUUGUUUGUCGCGGCUUCGCACUACACCGCGCUCGCCUUCUAUAACCUUCAGAAAGGCGCCCCGGUGAGGAUCGAAGACGACGUGUCGAUUGAGACGAAGUGUAGCUUCAACUGCACGCCGGAAAAUGCACCGGCUUUCGCUAUUGUACUCCAGUGCAAGACUAUGUUGGACGGUAAGCUGUGGGCUGAUUUCUCCGCGCCGGAGGAGAUGGAGCCGGUAGAGUAUGCUUGUUCGCGCGCGGGUUGCGAUGAGACGUCUGCUGCGCGUGCCGAUAUGAAGCGCUGUGCGGGUACUUGCGACGUCGCGAGUAAGCCUUCGUAUUGCUCUCAGCAUUGUCAAGCUCUGGACUGGGAGCGUCACGGCAUGCACUGCUCCCGACCCACCGAAGCCGAUCUCACGUUCCAAUACACGCCGCUCGCCACGAACGACUCUAAACUCGUCGACACGUCCAGACUCAACUCAGUGGAUCGUGCCCGGGCGCGCGAUCUCGCCUCCAUCGACUUGUGGAGUCAUCUCGGAGGCGACAAUCCCACGCCGAAGGAGAAGGCUAUUAGGGAGUUUAUACGGGAGAUAGAGGAGACUGCGUGCGGAGGACCGAGGUCUACCGGGCAGUUCGUGAAGUUGGUUAAGAACAUGUCCAAGACUAUUCCGCAGAGAGAUCUGGAGACGCUUUUCAAGGCUGGUGCGCCGAGUGUCCCGGUUUAG